AUGAAGGCUCUUUUGCUGUUGCCCAUCCUUGCUUGUGUCCUUCCCAUAGGGCAAGGCAUGGUCUAUGAACGCUGCCAGCUGGCUCGGAAGCUCAAUGAACUGGGUCUAGGUGGCUAUUGUGGCUACCCCUUGGCCAACUGGGUCUGCAUGGCGCAACAUGAGAGCAGCUACAAUACUGCUGCCACGCACUACAAUGACUACGAUGGCAGCACUGACUUCGGCAUCUUCCAGAUCAACAGCCGCUACUGGUGCCAGUAUGGCUCUGAGCAGAGCUCCAACAUCUGCGGAAUCCAGUGCACUGAUCUGCUGACAGACAACAUCGCUGUAGACGUGGCUUGCGCUAAGACUGUGGUUAGAGAGUCAGCAGAUGGAAUGGGCGCCUGGGUGGCAUGGAGGGCAUAUUGCCAAGGCCGGGACUUGAAUCAAUAUAUUGAAGGAUGUGGCGUAUAAAGAAACACCAUCACUGGGAGUUGGCUGAGAUCUCAGAAAAUGGAGAUCUCAGAGAUUUUCUUGCUUACUCAUUUUCUGGUGAGGAACAGCUCUACACAAUCCCAAAAAUAAAUGCAGCAAAACUUUA